AUGCGCUCAAUCAUCUACCUCUCAAUUGGCAUCUUUGCUGCUCUUGCCGUGGCUCAGGACAAUCCUUUAGAUGUCCCCCCCGGUGGCUAUAGUUUCAUGUCCGGAGAUAAGGUCACCGUCACCUGGAAUCCAACCACCACCGGCCCGGUCAGCCUCUUCCUGCAGAGUGGAGAUGCUACCAAUCCGCAGGAUGGUAUUCCACUUGGAACCGGCAUCCCCAACUCUGGCAACUUCAUAUUCACCUUCCCCACGGUCGACCCGGGCAACAACUUCUUCUUUCGAAUCUUCCCCUCCGGCACCCCUCAAAACAGCAAUUUCUCCCCUAGGUUCCCAGUGAAUGGUCCAAUGUCAUCAAGCUCAGAGCUCCCCAGCUCCACCACCGAUUCCUCAUCCCAGGUUUCCAGCACCGACACCAGCACCAGCACCGACACCAGCACCAGCACCGACACCAGCGUAUCCUCCAGCACAUCAACCGAGACCAUCACCAGCUCAUCCACCUUGUCAACGAGUUCCGCCUCCUCGACAACAACCACCACUUCAUCGACUACUUCUAGUAGCUCUUCUGCUUCCCUGACUCCCAUCAGAGCUACCAAUACACCAAACCCCAAUGGAGCUAAGUCCCUUAUGCUGCCGGGAAGUUUGCUGUUGGCUGUUUUGGGACUGAUAGCUUUCUUGUAA